AUGGCCUGGCAGGAAGUAGAGCAUCAUGCAGGCUACCUGAAAGACCUCUUUGCAAGAAAUAAAAGUCCAGGAGUUAUAGAAAGACUGGAUAGCCGUUUACAAGUUGACUCUACCGUAAAAACUGUCGGUUGGCUACCUGAGGAAGAUUCCGAAAAACCUAAAAAAUGUGAAAUUCCUGAAGAUUCAAGAUUUCCCCUAUGUUCUUUCAAAGUAAAGUCUUUCCCUGAUUCAUGGAAUCCUAAAUGCCACGAUGGAAAACAUAAGGUGAAUCUGGAUGAUAGCUGUUCUGUGAUUCAAUAUCUCAGUGAGGUCGAAGCAUGGUGUCCAGUUUUGCCAUGGCGACAAGACAUGGAUCCCUUCAAACCAUCAGUUAAUCAAUCAAAGGCAAAGAUUCGCACAGAUGUAUCGGGAUUACUAAAGCAACUUACAGAUGACCGUUAUGCCUGGAUGAGAAUUCGCAUCACCGAAACAUGGCCGCAAUGGAUAGAAGCCGUCAAAGAGCUUGCUAUCAGGCAGGGCAUAUCAGAGAGGAAAAAGAAAAAGAUCGCUCUUUAUAUGGGAAGCUUAGAAUUCAAUUUUAAGAUCUUUAUGGAGGCCUUCAAUGGUGGCGUUCUGGGAGAACUCAGCCAGUGGAGUGACGUCAUGAGUGUUCUGUACAUAUUGGGACAUGAUUUGGUAAUCACGUCGGACAAAAAAGACUUGCCAAAUAUCAUCACACCUCCUGACUCGGACGGCUGUGCUUCCAGGAAACUAAACGACAGUUUGGAUCUGAUAUUCACUGAUAUCAUAGGUGUUGAAAAAUUGCGUGAUGCUAGUGGAGCACAUCAAUCUCGAUACAGAUGCAAAAUUCGUGUCCUUGACUCAUUUGGAUCUGACGCCGAAUUCAACUUCGCGUUUUACAAGGAGAAUAUUCCUGGUGGGAGAUCCGUGUGGGGAAACUUAAAUCUGCUCCUUCCACAGUUUAUGACUAUGUACCCGCACAGUCCUGAUAAUUCGUUCGUUGGCUUUGCUGUUCCAGAUAAGAAGCAUCUAGUGGAAACAAAAGUUACAAGAAUAGGAACAAAAGCGCUUGUUUACGGAAAAAUGCCUUUUUUCUGGGAGGGCAAGAGACAUUAUCUCGAUAUAAUCAAGAAGUACUUCCCUGAAGUCCAUGCCAACAUUGGAACGAAAAACGAGAGCGAGCUUCUUAAGUAUGAAGUCCCAGAAUAUAUCAUCAAUCACGGCAUAGUGAACAUAACCACGCUAUUGAGUCUCUUCCAGAGUAGUAAGGUUUUUGUGGGUCUUGGAAUGCCAUUCGAAGGACCAGCAGCUCUCGAGGCACUGGCUAAUGGAUGUUUCUUUAUAAAUCCCAAGUUUAUUCCGGCAUAUGAUCGUCUCAAUCACGGAUUUUUCGCAGGAAAACCCAUGAAUAGGAAGAUCACAUCUCAAAAUCCAUACGCCGAGGUAUUCAUUGGAAAACCAUUUGUACAAACAGUUGACAUCAAAAAUCAAGCAGAGGUUGAAGAGGCCGUGAGGAACAUACUUCAGUCAAAGGCCACCCCACACUUGCCAUACGAGUUCACGGUUCUAGGGAUGUUAGAGAGACUAAAUGCUUAUGUAGAAUAUCAGGACUUUUGUCGCCUUAAUGACUGGCCUCCUAUCAAAGAACUGAAAACCGCGAUCAGUAAAGAUGGCCAAUCGUGUGAGUUUGCGUGUCUGGACAAGGGUCUCGUCUGUGAGCCUACUUUCUUCCCAUUGAUCAACACAAGAGACACAUUCAAAAGAGCCGGGAUGCCCUGCAAUGCAUCAACGAUAGAACCACGUGACAGCAUCCUAGCUCCAUCAAUGAACACAGCAGACAACACGUGCAUGCUACAGAAUGAGGCACUCCUAUUUAGCUGCCGAGCGGCAAAGGCUGGUGUCGUUCGUAUCUGCCCUUGCCGCUCCUACCGCAAAGAACAAGUUGCAUUGUGUGAAUCGUGCUUGGGAAGCUGACACCACUGACGGCAAAAGAACAAACAUGUUAAAAACCAAUAUGUUUAUAUUCUCUUGGCUACUGAUUCGUGAAUGCGGGUUUCCAGACGUUUCACCAUCCAUAAGAUGAUUACAGAGGAAUACACCAGCCUCGAAACUCAGCCUUAGGUCUCAGCACUAGAUCAAGAAAAGUACAGUUUGAUCUCUUAAGAGAAUAGCGCGUUUUGACCAAACGUUGUAGAACAAUUUAUUGCAAUGACACCUGAAGACUGAAACGAUGAAUCACGUAUACGCAUCCAACUUAUGUCCACAAAUCUUCUUUCUAAAGGAGAUGUAAACGUGUAACAGUUUCGUACAAGUUCGUUGACGAAUAUUUUUUUUUAAUUCUCUUGCAUUCCCUUGUUAAAGUGCCUUUGAAAAAAUCCUCAAGUUUCAUGUUCAGAAAUGUGAUUUUUCUAACUUCACAAAAGAGCAGUGACAUUUAAAACUAGUUUCCAAUAUAUAGCCAAUCCUAUCGAAUAUCAAGUAGUUUUUUUGGAGAUUUUUGUCUGUUUAAAAUUUGUCUCGGAAUUACUCAUAGUGAACGAGGUAGAGGGGUAUGAAUAUGGCUGCCUAUCCCUAACCCAAACUAGACCAUUUAGCUCAUUAAAAAACGUAACUAUUUUAGCAUUCAGAGGAGAUUUUCUUAGCCCACAAAGGAACUGUGACUUUGAGACUUGUAUGUUACAAAGCGUUAAUGGCGCUUUUUUAGCUCACUAAAAAUUGUUUCUAUUUUUAGGAGAUUUUCUCAGUCCACAAAGAACCUGUGACGUUGAAACAUUUCGUUGUGCCCAUCUUAUUGCGAUAUCUCUAACGAGCCUUUAAUUGUCUCGGAAUUCUCCUUAUUGACCGAGACAUAAAGGCAUGAGAAAUAAAACAAUAGAAAUUCGUAAAUGAUCUUUUGAAGCUACCUUCCUAACCCUUGUUGAAAGUUUUAUUAUUUUGCUUACCAAUCAAACGUUAUUCAGAGAGGAUUUCGUUGACCCACACAAGAGCUGUGACUUUGAAACUUAAGCAACACAGACGGCUAAUUAUGCUCUUCGAACGUGUUAGACAUUGUUCUCAAAAAUUUUAUAUUAAGCAAAGAUAUGAGCCUAAUAUUGUGACAACAAAAUUCCGUUAUUAAACAUUAGUAGACAAGUAAUUGACCCUUAUAAAACAUGGUCGAUGUUGCAUAUCGAAACAGUAAAAUUACACUGACGACUGACAGGAAUGGAACUAGUUAGAGAGGCAUUAGAACGGGCGAAACAAAGAGGCAUAACAUACAAAAUUAUUUCAAUAAUUCCUAACAUUUUAAGGAAAAAUUAAACUUAACUACAAUAGAAAUUUAUAUUGGGACUAUGCCCUUAUAGAAUUUUUGAU